AUGAUUGAAUCACUCUCUGCCAGUCAAGAGAUAACACAAAAUAUUCAUUCCAAUAAGGUACCGGCCUACUUCACCGCUGGUGCAAAGGAUGUUGCUUCGCCAAUUAAGGAUUUGCUCGAGGCUUGCCCUUUCAAGCAGCAGGCACACGAGGUCAAGACCAUGCUGUCCACCGAGCAUUUGAUUGAGAAGUCUCGCAUCGACGACGAGGUCAACUGGUUCUACUGCAAGCUGGGACUCGACAACAGCUACUUUGAGUGCACUCCAUCGUUGGUCGUUGCCAAGCACAUCCUGUCGCUCUAUGCCGCCAAGAUGAUCUCACAUGCCACCGGCUCCAAGCUGGAGAUCCAGCUGCAGUCCAAGACCGAGGGCUCGGCCACCUUCAUCACACGUUCCAACCCAGGCAAGCGCGACUCUCCAGCCAUGGCCAUCGAGCAACUGAUCGAGUCUCAGUACUUUGGAGAGGGAAACCAAUCUACUAAGGUUGAUGUCAAUGCGCCACACGGCUUCCGUCUGGCCUGUUACCGUACUACGGGCACAGUGUCGGUCGAUGCACCCAUCCAUCUGCGUCUCUACCAUCUAACCAAGCCAGUCUUUGCCAACAGCAACGUCACAUCAGAGUUGGAGACCGACCUUAACAAAGUUGGCGAUCUCAACUUCUUGGCACGCGCCUCCAAGGAGACCAAGACCAUCUACUCGGACAUCAUGUCGCAGGCAGUACAUCGUCUGGGACCAGUCAUCCAGCACUUCCCAUACAAGUCCAAUGGAGCUCGUCUUGUCAUUGCCCACCGUCGUGGAUCCACCCACUCAUACUGGUCGGCCAUUUCUGAGCUCUACCACUUCCACCAAAUGUACGCCACACACAAGGACGUCGAGCAGUUCUCCAAUGGCAUCGUCAUCUACUCUGUCUAUCUCCGUCCACUCCACCCCGAGGUUGACAUCAACACACUCAUCAACAAGAUUGCUGAGCAGGCAUCACUGGUAUACGUACUCCCACGUACUUCAUUGACUCCACUGUUCCUGUCUCAUCAGUUGUCUUUCCCAGAGGUGACAUAUGCCUACGUUGCCUGGAAGUUCGCUUAUCAGUUCUUGAACCGUUAUGCCACCGAGUACUCAGCCCUGGCACAAGCUAUUGGUGACGACCCUGCCAAGCAGUCCAUGCUCGCCCAGUUGAAGACCCGUCUAAGCAAGGACACCUUCACCGAGGGCCGUGUGCGUGAUGCCAUCGUCCAGUUCCCCGAGCUUGUCAAGCUCCUAUACACCGACUUUGAGCGUUACCACAACGCCUCCAACACUGGCGGUGCACUAAAGUACGACGUUAACCACGGCCAGGAGAUCCUAGCCCAGAUCAAGCGCUCAGUCAACAACGAGCUCGACACUCAGAUCUUUGGCGCUGUGCUCUCUUUCAACAGACACCUCCUCAAGACCAACUUCUACAAGCAGACCAAGACUGCCCUGUCCUUCCGUCUGGACCCAGGCUUCCUCUCGGCCAAGGAGUACGCCUCACGUCCAUUUGCCGUGUUCUUUGUCGUGGGAUCUGAGUUCCGUGGCUUCCACAUCCGUUUCCGCGACAUUGCUCGUGGUGGCAUUCGUAUCAUCCGCGCUCUCAAUGGCACACAGUACGACCACAACAGCUCGUCUUUGUUCGAUGAGAACUACAAUCUGGCCUCGACACAGCAGUCCAAGAACAAGGACAUACCCGAGGGUGGCAGCAAGGGAACAGUGCUACUCAGUCUCGACCACCAGAACAAGGCUGAGGUGGCCUUUAGGAAGUACAUUGAUGGCUUGCUCGACCUGCUCCUGCCCAACGUCGAGAUUGUCGAUCACUAUGCUCGCGAGGAGAUCCUCUUCCUCGGCCCAGACGAGGGCACAGCAGACUUUAUGGACUGGGCCUCGGAGCAUGCCAAGGCACGCGGGGCACACUUCUGGAAAGCCUUCACCACUGGCAAGUCAUUGACACGCGGUGGUAUCCCUCACGACCUGUACGGCAUGACCACUCGCUCGAUACAUCAAUACGUACUUGGCACGUUGGCCAAGCUUGGUCGCGACGAAGCUCAAUGCAGCAAGUUCCAGACUGGUGGUCCAGACGGUGACCUCGGCUCCAACGAGAUCAAGAUCUCCAAAGACAAGACAAUCGGUGUUGUCGAUGGCAGUGGUGUGCUCUACGACCCAUUGGGCCUGAACCGCGAGGAGUUGGAGCGUGUCGCCGGCAAGCGUCAGAUGGCUCGUUUCUUUGACAAGACGCGUUUGAGCGCUAAUGGUUUCUUAGUGGACGUAGCCGAGAAUGACGUCACACUGCCAGGUGGCGAGUUUGUUGAGAGCGGUCUCAUGUUCCGCAACAACUUCCAUCUGCACCCACUGGCCGCCGCCGACAUCUUUGUGCCAUGUGGUGGUCGCCCAGAAGCGGUUGGCAUCACCAACGUCGACAAACUGUUCACAAGCAAUGGUGAGUGCCGCUUCCCGAUCAUCGUCGAGGGCGCCAACCUGUUCUUCACUCAAAAGGCCCGUCUCAUCCUCGAGGAGAAGGGUGCCAUCAUCUUCAAGGACGCCUCAGCCAACAAGGGAGGUGUGACAUCAUCGUCGCUCGAAGUCCUGUCCGCGCUUGCACUCAACGACGCCGAGUUUGACCAACACAUGUGUGUCAAGGCUGGCGUCGUGCCCGCCUUCUACCAGGCGUACAUUGGUGACGUGCAUCGCACGAUUGAGGAGAACGCCCGUCUCGAGUUUGACUGCAUCUGGCGCGAGAACGCCAAGACCAAGACGCCACGCACCAUCCUGACCGACCUGAUCUCAGACAAGAUCAACUCGCUCAACGACUCGAUCCAGAGCUCGCCACUCUGGGACAACGUUGUGCUCAGAAAGAAGGUCAUUGCCGCCGCCUGUCCACCCGAGCUCCUUCGUCUUGUUGGUGUUGAUGCUAUUGUCGAGCGUGUUCCCGUGCCCUACGUCAAGGCCAUCUUUGGCGCCUACCUCGCCAGUCGUUUCGUCUACGAGUGUGGUCUGUCCAGCCCAGAGUUUGCCUUCUUCACAUUCAUCACUCGUCUCCUGGCAUAG